ACACAGUUAAGAAAAAAACAAAAACAAACACCGAAUCGACCUCUCAGAUGUGCAACCCUUUACAGUCGUACAGAAGUAAACUGGUUUCUGAAGACCUCGUGGAUGUGGAGUAACGCUGGCAUUAGUUUAAUCCUCAGCCGGUAACGUAACGUAGCGUAGCGUAACGUAACGUCAACGUUCGCCCGACGGAGUCGCAGCCGUUAAGCAGCUCACCACGGAGCUCCUCGAUGCCUCGAAUCUGAUAUUACCCGUCGCACCGGACCCGAUGUCUGCCGUCGGCCGUUGGCUGAAUUCAAAAGCGUCGUAAAAAGGACUGAGUCGACUUCCCAAAGCAAAUAUCAGCCUUUACAGUCGGGUACAAGCGAAUUAAAGCCGGCGCCAAGUGGAUGUGGAGUAAUCACUGCAGAUUGGUAACCUGGAAAGGCUAUGAAAACGGUCUCGUCGCUCAUGAUUUGAUAUCCCUCAGCGUGGAGUUUGAUGCUUAACUUCAUCAAAUUCACUCCGUUGACCAUCUGGAGUCUGUUCAUCGGUAUCUUCUCAAUGCGACAGCGACUGGGCUGAGCCAGUUAACCUGCACUAAGGGGUUUUGGUUGAAGGCACAAUGCCCCAGGCUGCUGACAUGAUCAACCUAGGCUUCCUGUCUGACUCUGAGCGGGAGCUGAUCCUGGAGGUGCUGCGACGGGACGAGGAGCUGAGGCAGGCUGAGGAGCAGCGUGUACGGAACUUGAAGACAGAGUUGCUGGAUGUGAAGAGGAAAGGGGCCAAACGUUGCAGUGGAAGAUACAGUCAGCGUAGUUGUGGCAGAUGCCUGGAGCCUCUGAGUCGACUGACUGUUUUCUCCAGCCAGUGUAAGAUGUGCAAUCACCACGUGUGCCACAACUGCCGAACAAUCCUCCCCAAUGGAUCCUGGCUGUGCAGUGUGUGUGCCAAAGAACUGGAUCUAAAGAAAAGGACAGGUGACUGGUUCUACGAUCAAAGGGUCAACCGUUUCUCCACAGUGCCUGGACAUGACCUAGUGAGGGUCUCCUUGAAAAGGAGACUGCCGUUGAAGAAGCGUGAGACAACAGGAGAGAGGCUAUUGAGAAGUACUGAAAUAAACAUAAAUCCUCCUACUCCUGUGCCUCGGCCCAGGCAGAAAAAACAGACAGAUAACAAAGGCAAUUCAAGCGACAAUUCAGGAUCAGUUGUUUCAAGGGAAUCAUUUGAAUCAAAGGAGGACGUUUGGUCGAAGCCAACUCGCAGUGACACAGAGUCUGCAGAAAAUGGCAGCAUAAGUGGCGUUAAAAAUGAGACAGAGUCUGGCCACGGGACCCCUGAGCAACCAAGGAGAGAACACCACUCAGUUCAGUCCAGCCCAGCAGGGUCCAGUGUUUCCAGUCUGAGCGUCCCAGUCACAGCAGAGAUUGUCAGUGAUGACAGCGCCAACUCAGAAGCUAACACUGCCACGGAAAUAAAACCAGUCAGUCCGAGCCCAGAGUUGGACGUUGAUAGACUCUUCAAGAAGAGUGUCAAACGACCCCCAAAGCCUGCUGAGUACGUGUCGACGGUGGACCUGCGUGAUGGACGUGACACAUCAGAGGCCUCAAUGGGCAACAGGAGUCAUUCUGUACCAGGCUUAGACAUACAGGAAGAUGAAGAGGAGGAGGAAGAUAUUGACAGCUUGGUUAGCUUUCAUAAAAGAACAAUGGCAUCGAGCUUCUCCAGCCUGCAUAGCUCAAAGAGUACACUGGGCAGCCUAAUGAGUAUUUACAGUGAAGCAGGAGACUUUGACAGUGUGGAGGUGAGUGGAGACGUCGUGUUCUCUAUUAGCUACGACGAACACACCCAGAGCCUCCAGGUCUUCAUCAAAGAGUGCCACGGGCUGGCCUAUGGUGAUGCGUCACGGCGGCUUUCCAACCCUUAUGUCAAAUGUUAUCUACUCCCUGACAAAUCUCGCCAGAGCAAAAGGAAGACCGCCGUCAAGAGAAACACUAUCAGUCCUGUCUACAAAGAAACACUGAAGUACUCUAUCGGCCGCUCUCAGCUGUUCUGCCGCUCCAUGCUGAUAUCGGUCUGGCAUCAUGGUCGCCUCAGCCGCAACACCUUCCUGGGAGAGAUGGAGAUCCCUCUGGACUGCCGAGACCUCGACUCUCCAUAUGAGGACCGUGUGGCUCUGAUGGCAAAGGCAGCCUCCACUGUUCCAGCUUCAGCUUUUGCUCAGUACAAAGGAGAGUUGGUGAUCUCUUUGAAGUAUGUCACACCUAAAAUGCCAACAACCAAGAAAAUCAAAGGGAAAAAGGCGGUGACUGAAGAAGGGGGAGAACUGCAUGUCCUAAUUAAAGAGGCAAAGAAUUUGAUGGCAAUGAAACCAGGAGGCACUUCGGAUAGCUUUGUAAAAGGAUACUUGUUCCCAAGUAAGGCAAAGUCCACAAAGAGGAAGACUCCAGUUGUGAAGAAGAACCUGAACCCCCACUAUGACCACACAUUGGUGUACAAGGAUCUGGCUUUGGAGCAGCUGAGGUGGAUGUGUCUGGAGCUGACUGUGUGGGACAGGGAGGCCAUGCUCAGCAAUGAAUUCCUAGGAGGAGUCCGUCUCAGCUCAGGAAAAGGCACUGUUAAAAUAGGCAAGGAGGAAGUGGAAAUGGACUCAGUUGGAGAGGAGGUCAGUCUGUGGGAGAAGAUGAUGCAGUACCCUGACUCGUGGGCAGAGGGCAGUCUUCCGCUGCGUUCCACUAUGCGGAAGGCUCAGGGCAAAUGAGGACAGCGGCACAGGCCUGGACUGUAAGAGGAAAUUGACUGAAAUGGGGAGAAACUCUGGCCUCUGAGACAAAUGUGAGGUUGUGGAUUCCUUUUAUUUUGCAAGCUUAUCCGACCAGAAGCACAGACUCAGUUCACUAACCUGCUGGAUACUAAACAUCUGCUCACACCUGCCUCGCUGCAUGGGAGCACAGCCUCCUCCCCAACCCCCAGACUGCAAACUGGUGUCACUGCUGAAAAUGUGCCAAAGCAUACAAUACUAAACUCUUCAUUUUAAGAGCACUGACAGAGUCAAUAUAUGUUUUUAAAAUUCAGGCUGAAUUUAUUAUUGCGAUUAAAAAAAAAAAUCAUGCAAAGUACUUAGCGAAGAAACGGUGUCAUCACAAAUGUGUUACCCUAUUGUUUAUAGUUGUGUACAGAAUUACACUGAUACAUGGGGAAACAAUUCAUUAUAAACUGGUAUUAUACAGAACUUCUGGUGUUGAAUCCAUCAAAUUCUGCUUAGUUUAAUCUAUACCAUUGUAUUUUACAUUAAUACUAUCAUUUAAAAUUAUAUUUGUAUAAGUUGAAUAAGAAGCCUUAUUAGAAAUUAAUAAAAUUGUAUAUUUUCAGAUGUAAAUGUAGAUUUUUUGUUUGUUUUAACAUUUAACUUCUCAUUGGCGUGUGAUCAGACUCAUGUUUAACUCAAGGUUGCCUUAAAGGUUCUAUAUGUAAAUUUUCUCUGCCGCCAAAUGUGGUUUCUUGCCAGGAGCGGGUGGUGGUGGUGAUAUUGCUUGCCGAGAGCUUCAGCCAUUGUUGUUGCGUCUACAAGACAAGAGGUUAGAAUACACCCUCUAGGCAGCGCUACCUCUUCAUCCUCUCAUGUUGGACUGAGGGCUGACUGGACGCUACAGUGACUCUCUAUCACGAAUCGGGACGGGCUGGGGCUAGCUCGUUAGCAUGCUACCUUCAGUAGAAGAAAAGAAGUGAUAGAAAUAGAAGCAAAACAAGACUUAACAUUGGCGUUGCUUUCCACCGCUGGAGACGGCUCUUGGCGAGUAAAGGAAUGAAGUUUGACGCUAAUCUCACAUUUCUAGACUGGUAAUUAAACAGCUGUUAAUGCUAAUGUUGGCAAUGUAGCUAUGGCGAGUCCUUGCAUAUAGCACCUUUUAAAUAUUCUGUUCACCCAAUAAAAAUUUACUAAACCCAA